GUGGGAGUGCCCGGUGACUAUAACACACCCUUCCUUCCUCCUCCUGUCAGACCCACACAGACAGUCUGACUGCUUUCAUACAUAAUCCUGCUCCCUCAUCGAUCAACUACAAACAAUAACAACCACAUGAUGGCCCAGUGGCAGGAACUGCUGAGGCUGGAUUCAGAGCUCCAGAGCCGGGUGAGCCAGCUGUAUGAGGGGAAACUUCCCAGAGAGAUCCGCCACUAUCUGUGCGUCGUGAUAGAGAGCCAGGACUGGGAUUCGGCAGCUGAUGAUGAAAAUAAAGCAAGAACUUGUUUCAAUGCACUCCUCGAGUAUUUGGAAGAACAGUGGAACCGUUCUAUCCAGGAGAACAACAUUUUGCAGGGACCUGAUUUUCCAGGGAUCAGAGACUACUUGAUGAAACACUUUCAAGCUCAGCCACUAUACUUGGCCGUAAUCCUGUCUAAAUGCCUAAAGGAGGAGAAGAAAAUCCUGGCUACAGCUUCUGAAGCACAGGGUUGCGGCAAUCCAGCCUUGGAUCAAAAAUGGAGAAUGUUGGACAACAAAGUCAAUGAAAUGAAAAGGAGGACUUCGGAUUUAAAGAAGGAAAUAAAGUCACUGGAGGACCAGAACGAAAACCUAGAAUUCCUACAGGAGACCUGGCAAAUCCAAGUGAAGGAGCAUGUUGGAUUGGCUCAGUCCCAGGCUGUUGUGAAAGAGAAAUGUCUUAAGCAGGCCAACAUUAUCACACAAACAAAGCAGAUAUUGCUGCAGCAGAUAGUGAACAUUUUAAAACUGACCGAGGAGAUUGUGGCAACUCUCACAGAUGUGGAGUUGCCUGAGUGGAAGCGCAGGCAGCAGAUGGCCUGCAUUGGAAGUCCAGUUGACAUCUCGCUGGACCAUCUCCAGAAGUGGUUCACGACUGUGGCGGAGGAGCUGCUACGAGUGCGUGAACAGCUGCAGAAACUGCAAGACCAGAACACAAAGUACAGCAGCACUGAUAACUCCAACCUCGCCGGUCCCAUGGCAGAAAUUGAGAAAUUUGCACUGUCCUUGCUCAGAAAACUUGUUGCAAAUGCUCUCGUGGUUGCAAAACAACCUGCCAUGUCGAGUUUACAACAACGACCUCUGAUGCUGAAGACCAGGGUGCGAUUCUCGGUGACAGUGAGGUUCUUAGCAAACCUCCCAGUAUUCAAGGACCUGCUGAAAGUCAAACCUGUAUUUGACAAGGAUGUUCAAGAAGCCAAGACAAUUAAAGGGUUCCGUCACUUUGAAUUCAACAGGGAGGAGUGUAAGGUGUUGGAUGUGGACACGCCGGAUGGAGGCUUGGUGGCAGAGUUUGGUCACAUGUUUCUAAAGGAAAAAAGAGGAAGAUACAAAGGAUCCUCUGAGACUCGUCUGGGCGUCACCGAGGAACUCCACAUCAUUAAGUUUGUGGCAGAGUUUAAACAUGCUGGACUGGAGUGCAACCUUGAGGCCAGCUCCCUGCCUGUGAUUGUCAUCUCCAGUACCAAUCAGGUCCUCAGUGCCUGGGCCUCCGUCAUGUGGUACAACACACUGUCCACCAGCGAGCCGAGGAACCUGUCGUUGUUUGCCGACCCGCCACCACUCACCUGGCAGCAGCUGUCUCAGGUUCUGAGCUGGCAGUUUUUGUCCGUUGGAAAGCGAGGACUCGACGAAGAUCAGCUCGCAAUGCUGAGAGACAAAAUUGUGGGGGAUGGUCCUGAUGAUCUCGUGCACUGGAGCAAGUUCUCCAAGAACGAAGGUGCCUGGAUUUGGAUUGACGGAAUCCUGGAUUUGGUCAAAAAACACCUGGUGGAUCUUUGGCGGGACGGUUGCAUCAUGGGGUUCGUGAGCAGGAAGAGAACACUGACCUUGUUGCAGGAAAAACAGACCGGGACCUUUCUGCUCCGCUUUAGCGAGACCAACAAAGACGGAGCCAUCACCUUCAGCUGGGUGGAGCACACCAACGGUGAAACCCACGUGCAUGCAGUGCAGCCCUACACCAAGCCUGAGCUGUCUGGCAUGUGUCUGCCAGACAUUAUUAACCUCUACAGUCUGAAAGCUGAGACGAACGUGACCGGGAAUCCUCUGCGCUAUCUUUACCCAGACAUUCACAAAGACACCGCUCUUGGACGCUACUACAAGAACUCACCACUGUCAGCAACUCAGAAGAUCAUUGAUGGGUACGUCAAGAGGACCAACAUUCCCGUGUCAACCUUUCCUACGCCACCUCCAUCUCCACCUAGGGAGAUUCCCUUUACGGACAUGGACAUGGACAUGGACACAGAAAUAAGUAUGGACCUUGAUCAACUGCUUCAGGAACUCUAUCCUGAUUUCUUUGGCCCCGGAACAUCAUCUCAGAGCUUUGCUGAUUAUAGUAGCUCAUACUAAAAAUGUGCUGUCCGAUUCAGAGUCGGGAUGUCCCGAUCCAAUCUAGGCAUUUUUUUAUACUGAUCUAUAUUGAGAGUUACUGACCCAAUCCGAUCGUUGUUUCUGUUUUUACUCAUAAAGCUUUCAUGCACUGUGCAGCGAUCAUCAACUCUCUCUGUGUGUAUAUAAAAUACUUGAUAUGAAAUUACUUGAUCGGGACAUCCCUAAUUCAGUGUUCUUGUGGUGCUGGUGUUUCUAUGAAAAUGAAGCAUCAUACUGGAUAUUAAUGUACAAAAAAAGGAUUAUUGAUGAUUACAAUUACAGUAAAUUUAAGAUUCUUCUAAAUGUAAUUGAAAUGUUUUUCUACUGUACUGUUUUCAAAGUGAACUUCCUCUUAGGAAUGUGAAAGGAAGAUGAAGUUAUGCUGCUGUGUGUGUGUGUGUGUGUGUGUGUGGGGGGGGGCGCAAUACUGUACUGUAGAUGUUCUUUAUUUUUGUUUAUUAAAAUAAACAUAUCUGAACGCA